UCAUAUUAAUAUUUGGCCUGUCAAGAUGAAGUUCCUUACGAUUGCUAUGUUCGUCCUUGUUGCAGUAGUGGCUUUGGCCGGAGCCCAGGAUCCUCCGCCGGCCGAUCUACCAAAUCCAGGUAACUCUGGAUUACUUCCUGGAGCGGGAGCGGGGGGACGCAAAAAGAACCAGAACGAGAAUCUCAAUCAUAACGUUAUUAAAAUUGGUUAGCCCAAUUUUGAAAAGAUCUUUAGCCAAUAAAAUGAGCAUGUAUUCCUG